AUGUCGGAUCCUCAGGAUAGUGCAACCAAAAAGUCUACAUCCUCGGUCCAAGAUAUCGCCGCAGAAAAACCUCCCUUUGGCUCAAGGUGCGUAUCAGCGGUCAACGUUCCAACAUCCAUCGACAGCUCAACUUCAUUCAGGUUUCUCACAGACGAAGAGGAUGUAUGGAGCCAAAACGCAUGGGAUCAUGUCCCACCCCCAGAUGACCAAGUGGAGAUUAUUGCCAACUCUCUCUCGCGGCAGCGGCUGACUCCCGUACCAGCCGAGGAAAAAGUAAGAUACAACGAGAAACCUGCGAAACAUUGGGACAAUUUCUACAAGAUGAAUGCGAGCAAUUUCUUCCGGAAUAGAAAAUGGCUCCACAACGAGUUCCCUGAACUUAUAGAGGCGACACAAGCGGAGGCUGGCCCUGUCGCAAUCACAGAAAUAGGUUGUGGGGCAGGCAACUCUGUCUUUCCAUUGCUUUCCGCCAACCAGAAUCCUGAUCUUAGAUUGCGGGCGUACGAUUAUUCCUCUCAUGCAGUCAAACUUGUUCAAACUAAUCCUUUGUACGAAUCACCUCCAGUCGGCUCUAUUCACGCCGCAGUAUGGGAUCUAACCUCUGCGGAUGGCCUUCCAUCGGGCAUCGAGCCUGGAAUAGUAGACAUUGUAAUUCUGGUGUUCGUGAUGAGCGCUUUGCACCCUGAUGAAUGGGGCCGAGCAAUAAAUAAUAUCCACAAGAUGCUCAAACCAGGCGGCCUUGUCGUCUUUCGUGAUUAUGGUCGGUAUGAUCUCACCCAGCUACGAUUCAGAGGUGGGCGCCUGCUAGAUGAAAAUUUCUAUAUCCGAGGCGACAAGACACGGGUUUACUUUUUUGAGCUAGACUGUCAACAUCCCCAUCCUCUCUUCACCACUGAACAGCUGGGCGUUGAUCGGCGGCUUAUCGUCAAUCGGAAACGCCAGCUCAAGAUGUAUCGUGUGUGGAUGCAGGGCAAGUUCCGCAAGAUCUGA